AUGGAGCGUGUUUAUGCUGCCCCGAGAGCCGCGCGUCAGAGCCAGUGGUUGCGGAGCGCGUUGGCGCAGUUCCACGGCCCUGACCCCGCGGUACAGAACGAGAUCGUGGUCCUCGCUACAGGCAUCGAUCAGUAUCUGCAGGAAGUCUUCCAUCAUCUGUCCUCUGCACAGGAGGACACCGUGAGCGCGGAGGACUUCACAGGUCUGUGUGCAGUCCUGGGGCUGAGUCAGGGGCCUCUGGAGGGGCCCCGGACAGAGCAGAGUGAGGGGCCAGAGCAGGAGGAUGAGGACGUGUGCGCGCAGUUGCCACCACAGCUGUCCUUCAAAGACUUCCACGCGCGUCUCUGUGGCUUCUUUCGCGUCCGCAGUGCGCGCACACGGGGCGGGUGCUCGUGGCGGCUCCCUGUGUCAGAGGAGACGGAGCUGGUGCAGAGGAACAUCCGUCUGAGAUGGCCGCGGCUAAGGAGGAAAAAGUGUGUGAGUUUUGACCUGAUUGAAGAUCAGUGUGGACGUGCCCGAGGCGCACCGAGAGGCACGUGCACAGAAGAGGCAGCAGCAGAGGAGGAGGUGGUCGCUCUGAGGGAGCUGGUGGAGGACCUGCGCUCAGCUCUGCAGAGCAGUGACGCUCGCUGCUUAGCUCUGGAGGUCGCUCUGAGGAAGGAGCGGAGCCGGCGCCUGACCUCUCCCUCCUCCAUCAGCACCAUCAGCACCAGGACGUCCUCGCCCUCCUCCAUCAGCUUCAGAGAAGGCAAACUGGUGCCCACCCACAGGAUCAGAGGAAGCUCUGCUGUGAGCGCCCCCUGGAGGCGAGAGGCCAGAGACACACUGCUGCGGGAACUGAAGCUGAUCCGAUCAGCGCGGGACGGACAGCUGCGAGAAGCCAUGAAGUUUACGGAGCGCCUGGAGGAGGAGCUGCGCUGGGCGUUUGAGGAGGUGCGCAAGCUGCGGCCCCUGGAGUCAGCGCUCCGGAAAGAGAACGCUCACAUCAGGCGGCGAGCAGAGGAGGCCCGCCAGGCUCUGAGCGCAGGACUGGACCGAGUGCGUCUCCUGCAGGAGCAGGCGCACACUGUCCCCACGCUGCAGCAGCGCAUCAGACACCUGGAGACAGAGCUGCAGCAGCACAGAUCUCGCUGCAGCUGCGUCACCACCUCGGCUCUGGACUGGACCGACGGCCUGGACCCGGACAGCACCACAGCAACAGGUGUGUGGCCUCCGUCAUCCACAAAGGACCAGACGGCUUUGAAAUCAUGCUCUUUCAGCUCAGACUAA